CUAUUUUACACCAAGAUUCGUCUUCGUUGAUUGCUUUCUGAUAAGCUCGAGCCUCGCCUUCAUUGUCACACUCUGCUCAAUUUUGGAGGUUGUCUGCAACGGGCAUGGAAUUCGCGCCGCAUUUGAGCUUUUCGCACUCUUAAGGCUUCGAGUCAAGCCACGGCUCCUUUGGUAAUUUAGCGAUUCAGAGGCGUCGGAGGUGAAGAAUUAGGGAUUUUUUGGUGAAUUUGACUUGAUUUCCAGAAUCCAAUUGUUCGUUGUAGAAGAUUCAGUUAUGUGUGCUGAGUUUUAAGGCGAAGAGCGGAUUGGCGGGGAAACAGGGGAGGGGAAUAACUGGUUCUUAGAUAUCCUGGUUGUUGCUUUGUUUAUGAAAACCUGAAGCGGCGAGGUUAGGAGCAGAGGGUUUUGUGUGGGGAGAUCCUUUGAGGUCCAUGGGGUACUCGGAGAUGGAAGAAAGAGCACCGAUUGUAAUAGAAGAGAGAAGGUACUAUGUACUGCCAACCGAUGCAGUUCUCGAUUUGCCUUUGUAUCGUCCCCGGCGACGAGUCCUUAGGGCACAGACUAUCAUCAUGCCGAUCAUUAUACUGUUUUCAUGCCUUCUUCUUGCGGGCACAGCCUUCGUCUUGUGGCCAGCACAGCCGCAAAUUGAACUGGAGCAUUGGAAGCUGGUCGGCAUCAACUUUGAUACGAAAGAGGAAGGGAGAUCGAUCAUUCCAGUGGUGUAUCUUAACAUAAGCCUCGACGUCGUGUUGAAAAUAAAGAACCCUAACUUCGUCGGCAUCUAUUACGAUUUCUUAGACGUGGAGAUUCAGUACAGAGGUUCUUAUCUUGGCAAUGCCCAGCUGAAAGGAGGCCACAUUCUGGCGCGAAGAACAGUGCUAGUGCCUGCGAUUCUGAACCUAGAGGCAAGAGAAAUACUGGAGAAUGCUUCCGAACUGCUGAUGGAUAUUGCACACGGAGAGAUUCCGUUGACGAAUCACAUUAAAAUCGUUGGAGCCGUGGACCUCCAGGUCGUCCGACCGCACAUCGACGUGCAUGUUUCUUGUGAUGUUGUGGUCGAUCCAAAAACCAAGCUGGUGAUACGGCAAUAUUGCGGCCUGGACUUUCUAUAUGAAGGAACUCAUUUACAGAAACAUCAAAGAUCUGUGCCGAAUCUCGCAUCAUAGGACUUAUCCAUCAGAUGUCAAUGUGGACUGCUGAUGUUCAUUCAAGUAAACGAAGGCAGCGCGACACCUAUUUGCUUCUAAGCUUCCUAUCAUAAAGCUCUACAAAACACAACGGCUCAGUACGAUGAGCUCCUUGGCUUAAAUCAUGGUAUGUAAGCAUUUUGACGUAUCAGAAGUCCCGCAAGUCCUUAGAAGAUGUGUGUUGCAUCAGCUGGAUGAUGAAAAAAUGACGAAAUUCUCAUCAAGCAAAUAGUCGACAGCCCAGUGCUUUCGGUAUGUAUCUUAAAUCACUGCAGCUUAGUCUUAUACGAGUUUUGUAAUCUAGGACUGUAAUUAUUGAAUUGGUUGAUUGAAAGGCUUGCUUUAGAGGCACUUGCGGAUUGUGAGCUUACUUAUAAGGGAAGCUUAUGUAUGUGGUACGAGGGUAUUCCUAGCUAUUAGUGAUCUUCAAAGGGCAUUAUUUGUGGAUUUAUAAAAAAAUUGUCCUUCCAGUUGUUCAUUGGUA